UAAAAUGUGUCAGAGUAGCCCACGGAAGGAUAACUCACUACAGUUAAAAGCAAGAUCGAUGAGACACGAAGCGUGGCUUGAACCCAAAGGUCCUGUUCCGGUGUUAGGUUCGAUUUGUUCCAACAUUGCCAACCCAUGGGGACAGUUACACUUGUCAGUUGCUUCGAUGUGACAUCAUUACGUCAGAAUUAGAUGUGUAUUGGAUGCUAGGGAGAGAUGAGGUUAAGGGGAAUAUGUUACCAUUACCACCACGCAUACUGGAUACUUUCACUGUGAUUGUUUGGGCACAGAGAAAAAACUUAGUGUCAGAACCAGACGACUAGACUACGACAGAGAAACUUCAGAAUAAGAGUUGGACUGCUCACAGCUGACCUGGAUGCGUAUGCGUUAAGAAAUUCGAUGAUUUGCGCAAAAUCCCAUUCGCCUACGAUAACUAUGCAAAGUAGUAGGUCGAAUUAUAAAUUAUUGUAUGUCAAUGACAACAAUUUUCUGCGAUAUUAGCUUAAUUAAGAGUUCCAGACAGUUGGCAUGUACAUGUAAGUAAUUUACUUUUCUCUGUGUUUGCUUUGGAUACAAGCGUCUACCAAAUGAUUAAAUGCGUGGCGCAUCAAUUGGAUUCUGAAAUUCGGAGUUGUAGAUUCGGCUCACAGCAACUUAAACGUUAAGGGAUUCGUUUCAGAAGUAGCUACUUUGAAGAGGUUUAAGUGACACUAAGGCCACCGCGUGCUUUGAUUGCACUGGAGGAAGAAGAAAAAGAGGAAAAGAAGUAGUGAUGGAGAAGUACUUCACACCAGUUCAAAAAAACUCUCAGGACGACGUAAAACUCGGGAAACAUCAUCACCACGGUGCCCAUCAUCACCACGAUCAUCAUCACCGGUCACAUGGAAAGACACCUCACAGUGUUCCAGGAUCUCAUCAGAGAGGCCCUAUUGACAGCCGUGUUCAUCGCCGAGAACAUCACCAUGACCACAGUUUCCAUGGGUACCAUCACAUAGACAACCAAAAAGCUGCUGAUCCUCACACCCUGUCCAGGUCCUCUUCUUCAUCCACCCUGUCCACUUCCUCCUCCUCGUCUUCGUCCUGGUCCUCAGAACCAAGUUUGGACAAUGAGGCCUACUUGAUGAACAAGCCCCAGCACUCCCUCUCCUGCUCCAACAUAGCUGAACCUAGACGCAAGUCUCGUGACUGGGACUCUGAAGACGUGGAGUAUAAGUUGAGAUCCGCAACACCAUUUCAGCAGCGUUCACCACACCACCAGUCUCACAAUCAGCACAGCCACCCACAUUCCCAGAGCCAACACUCUCGCCAGCACCCUCAUGGCUCAGAGCAUGGCCCCAGGUUCUCCAAGCUUCAUCGCGGUCAAAGCAAGAGUGAGGAAGGGCUCCUCCAGGGCAUCGACAGCGAUGGUGAACAGGAUGGAUGGGACCGACACCCCCAUAUGGAGCACGGGAACCUGUACAAGACCGCAAGCCUGGGACGGAGCCUGGCUUUCAGCGAUGAUGCUAAGGUUGGAGCCAGAGUGCCACCCAAAAAGGCAGUGUCCACCAUCCAGCUGCCAAGCAAAGGCAUUCUUAAAAAUAAGGAUGGUGGGUCAGCAGCCAGACAACAGGCAAACUUUCGCAAGGCCAAAUCGAUGGAGGUUCUGUCUCACCGGGAGCAAGCAGCAAAACCAGGUGGUGUGGGGACUUUAGCCACCCCAAAACCAAAUGAUCCACAAGCUAUGAAGAAUAAUUUUGUUAAAACUAAGCUUCAGUUCUCCGCAUUUUUAGAUGAAAUAACGCGUCAAGUUAUAAGCCCUUCCAGUCUCAAUAUACUCGGAGUCGCCCCUGGCUCCAGUCCAGCAUCACCAAGAUCUCCUCAUCAGGAGCGUAAGGAGCCUCCUGGAGGUGUGAAGAAGGAAGAGGAUGAGGGAACACAGCAACCUAAGCAGCACUCUGCAAAGACUGUAAAUCAGAGUCCAGCAAAGUCUGGUGCUGUUUCACAGCCACAGUCACAUUCACGCCGUGACUCCUAUCCAGGCAAGCAGCACCCUAAUCCCGGGAGCCCCACCAGGUCUGCAGGCCACCACCAGCAUGGUAGCCACAAAAAACGCUAUUCUAUAGGGGAAGUACAGGGUGCCGCAGGGGACAAACAGCACCAGGGGAGGUACAAUCAAAUGGCCACUGAUGGCACUAGCACUAGCUCAGAGACCAUCCUGCAAGAGUCCAAACAUCAUCGCUCAAAGCAGCAUGGCAAUGGACGCCGCAGCAGCAGUCACAGCCAAUCACAGCAUCCUCAUGGAGACCACAGGGGUUCCCCACCUCCGCCAGGUCACAUCCUGGGACCUGACUACGAGUCUCCCUCCAGCAAGUCCUCCACUGCCAGUCAGAGUUCUGGUCAUGGCGACAUGCAUACGCACCCUGACCACAGGAACCAUGGCGACAUGCAUACGCACCCUGACCACAGGAACCAUGGCGACAUGCAUACGCACCCUGACCACAGGAGACAUUCCAAAUCUCAUCGGGAUUCAGUGAGCUCUGUCAACAGAGUUCAGCUGCUUGAACAAUACAACAAAGAGCUACAUGAGAACCUGCUACAGACUGUGGCAUGUAUAGAGAAUAUGGAGACCGAGCUUCAGUGCUCCAGGUCGGAGCUCGGAGCCUUCAAAGAGAAGUACAAAAGACUACAGGAGAGUUAUGCAAACCUCCAACAUUCCAGCAGUGCUCUGGAGCUGAAGCUAGAGUCAGCUACGGAGAAUAUGAACUCAGAGAGGAAGUACCUCUUGCAGAGGAUUCUAGAACAGACCAAACGGCUGGACACAGCAGAAAAUACCAUCAGCUCACUGGAGAACAUCAAUGUUCCCGCUUUGAUCAAGGAGCUCUUACAAAAGCACUUCAAAUCUGAGGAGGGGGUUAGGAAUUUCCUGCUCUCUACAACUAUGAAGGACGGCAAGGACAACCAAUCAGUUUUGGCAACAGUGGAGGUAGCAUCGACUGAUUGGCCCCAGUCUGGGCAGGGCAGCGCAGAGUCCGGGCCAGUCAGGAUGACAGCCUUUAUGCCAUGGCAACAGGGCCAGAAUGAGUGGUCAGGAGAGGAGGCGAGGGCUUGUGUAACUAGACGGGACAUGGAGGCUGCUGGAAGCAUUUCACAGCUCCCUUUCACUGUUGCUGAUAUCAGCAUGGCCCUGUUUAAAAACGUGGCAGAUGCUCAGGCCAAAGGCCACGAGCACCAGCAUCCAACAGCUGUCCACCCAGAGUUUCACUCCUUGGGUCUAUCCACCCAGAAGCCCAUGGAGGUGCCCCCGAACCCUUAUGAGGGGAUGGGCACAGGCAGAGGGAUGGGAGCUGGAGGAAGUGCAGGUGGAGGUGAGCCCGGGGAUGAUUUCACCUCUCUUACAGCACAAAGGAUUUUGGACAAUUUCAUGAGACAGAUGCCUCCUUCCUCCACCACCGAAGACCAAGAAGAGAGAGACAGUGGUGCUGUGGACUGGGGAGGGCAACCAACAGGGCAGCAUUAACCAGUCGACUAGUAGCUCCAUAGGUUAACUAUCCAAAGAGCCCAAACACUUAUACUUAUACACUUAUAUGUAUGCCCUCUGUGUAUAAUUGGUGGCUUAAGAUGAAGUUGUCUGUAAACACCCAUGAAAAUACUCAAUAGUAGAUGUACAGAAGUGACAUCUUCAUUGACUUCACUGGACAAUGAAGAAAGGUAUUAGUUCAUUAUUUGAAUC